AUGGACCCUCCUAACAACACCUCUCGAUCCCAAGAACCCCAAGGACCUCAAGUCACCGUCCCCAAGGAAAACACUCCCCCUCCGGCAUACACUCCAAGACGGAUCCCUUCCAACAUUGCUUCUUUAGCAACACAACUUCUUGAAGUACGAAACUCCAUGGCCAACGCGGCUAGCCGUAUUCAAGAGCGUCAAACGGCCACAAUGAACACACCACUUUCUAGCACGGUCAUGGCCUCUGAUGAUCAAGAUCAAGAUGAGACAUCCGAGACUAGUUCACCAAUCAGCCUACGUAUCAACACUUCCGUCAAUGUGUCACGUAGCAACAACAUCGUCUGCUUGACUGCCACUCCCGCAGAGCAGGCCAAUGCCAUUGCCAAAGAAGUUGUUCAAGCUUUACACGAGGGGAGCUCUGGACGCUGCGGCAUUCCCAUGAUCGAUGAGUCAGGCUGUCCCCGGCCAUUGAAUAUUGAGGUCGAUGCUGGCCUCGUCGUUGAAGGCACAGGCAACGUCAUUGGAACCCGAGACAUCAUCGGUGAGCUACUUCAGAAGCGCGGUACAUCUUCACUCCGACGAUCUCGUGAUGAGGUUGAGGAUGAAGACGAAGAAUUUGCACCAGCAAAGAGACGACGUUCAUGUCGAUAA